AGUGGGAUCACAUGAAGCCACCAUAUUACAGACCCUCAAAAUUUCAAAUAGUCAUGAAUGUGACCCUUUCCAUAACUCACGUGGUGAUACUACGCUCAAUUUGUCACGUCACAAACUCUCACUAUGAUAACUCAAGAGAACUUUCCAAGGUCGAGUCCUGAAGAGAUAAAGAGACCUUAACGUUGCAAGUUGUGCACAGAAUUCAGCCCAGUACGGUGGUAGCACAACAGCCACAGUGGACCCUCAUCAGGUGACCCACCACUGGCUGAUGUCUCCUCAGCUGGACUGGCUGCACCUUGUGUAACAGCUGAUUCCUCUGCAGCUCUCCACCUGCACUGUGAUGAGGCUGUCACAGGAACGACGAGCAGUUGAACAAAGUAUGGCUUAAGGCUCUUGACCUUUGGGCUCUUCCUCAGCUUCACCGACAUUAGAUGGACCAUCGUAACAAAGGGCUGUGCGAGAGCCCUCUCUGGAGUGAUCCUCUUCUCUGGGCCUGUAUCGAGAAAGCAUUUCAGGAGGGAAAUGCUCUUUGAUCCCCCAGCUCAGCUUCCUCCAUCUCUGGAUAGUGUUGGAUUUAGAAACAAACAACAGAGAGAAGACACAUCAGGAAAAUGCCUAUUGCCAACACUUUCAGAGGGCUACAAUAUAUCUUUCUUUUUCCUUUUUCUCUCAUUGUUGGGUGCCUGGAUGCCUGAAAACACAGAGUGGCAGAUAUUUGGCUUUACCAGGGGAAAUGGAACAAUAAUACUGGACAGAUAACCUGCAGGGAAUGAAACAAAUACAGUACAACCAGGUGAUGCUACGUCUGAGAGUCUGCAGCUAUGUUAGUGUCUCGGUUUAUCAAGACCUUUUUUACGGCGCUCAAGGCCAUUUGGGACCAUGAGAGCUACACAAUCACCCAUCACAUUCCUUCUCAUUAGCCUGUUUUGUGUCAACCACCUGCAGCAGAUCCGCACUAUGGACAUUUCAUCAGAUACAGAGAAACACAGAGAGAACCGAGAGGUCAUCGCACAAACGCCUGCAUCUGAACAAGACAACAGUCUUGGAUACAAAGGGUCUCGUCUUCGCCAGGAAGACUUCCCACCCCGCAUCGUGGAGCACCCCUCUGACCUCAUUGUGUCCAAGGGGGAACCAGCCACUCUCAACUGUAAGGCAGAGGGCCGUCCAACCCCCACGGUGGAAUGGUACAAAGAUGGGGAGCGCGUUGAGACGGACCGCGACAACCCCCGCUCCCACCGUAUGCUGCUGCCCAGCGGGUCCCUCUUCUUCCUGCGCAUCAUCCACGGACGGCGAAGCAAGCCUGAUGAUGGAAGCUACGUGUGCGUGGCCCGAAACUACCUGGGCCAGGCGAUCAGUCACAAUGCAUCCUUGGAAGUAGCCAUUUUACGUGAUGACUUCAGACAGAACCCUGUAGAUGUUAUGGUUGCGGUUGGUGAGCCCGCAGUGCUUGAGUGCCAACCACCCCGUGGGCACCCUGAACCCACAAUCUCCUGGAGGAAAGAUGGAGGCAAUUUAGAUGACAGAGAUGAACGCAUCACAAUCCGCAGUGGCAAGCUGAUGAUCACCAACACCAGGAAGAGCGAUGCAGGGAAAUACAUCUGUGUAGGAACCAACAUGGUUGGCGAGAGGGAGAGCGAGAUCGCUGAACUCACUGUUCUGGAACGCCCGACCUUUUUAAAGCGGCCCAGCAGCGUGGUGGUGUUGGCAGACGAGAGCGUGGAGUUCCACUGUGUGGUUCAAGGAGACCCUGUUCCCACUAUCCGCUGGAGGAAAGAUGAUUCUGACCUGCCUAAGGGCAGAUUUGAAAUCCUAGAGGACCAUACUUUGAUUGUUCGCCAAGUGACCUCUUCGGAUGAGGGCUCCUAUACAUGCGUGGUGGAAAACAUGGUUGGGAAGUCUGAGGCAUCCGCCACGCUCACUGUGCACGUGCCCCCAGCAUUUGCCAUACGCCCCAGGAACCAGGUGGUGACAGUGGGCAGGACGGUCACCUUCCAGUGCGAAGCCACCGGCAACCCGCAGCCCGCUAUCUUCUGGCAGAGGGAGGGCAGUGAGAGUCUCCUGUUCUCUUACCAGCCACCACAGCCCUAUAGCCGCCUGUCUGUCUCCCAGAUGGGCAGUUUGACCAUUACCAAUGUUCAGCACUCUGAUGGUGGCUUCUACAGCUGCCAGGCUCUCAACAUCGCUGGCAGUGUCAUUACCAAAGCACUGCUGGAGGUCACAGACUCUGGGUCAGACCACCCUCCUCCUGUGAUUAGACAGGGCCCAGUCAACCAGACUGUCCCUGUGGACAGCACAGUAGUCUUAGGGUGCCAAACUGCUGGCUCUCCACCUCCUACAGUCCACUGGAAGAAGGAUGGUGUGGUGGUGUCUCCUGUGGACUCACGCAUUUCCCUAACAGACACACGAUCUCUGGAGAUUCACUACGCCAAGCUGGGAGAUACAGGCUUCUACACUUGUGUAGCUUCCAGUCCAAAUGGAGAGGCUUCCUGGACAGCAUACUUGCAAGUAGAAGAGUUUGGAGUUAUUGUCCACUCCAGUCAUCCCACAGACCCUAAUCUGAUUCCCAGUGCACCAUUAAAACCUGAGGUGACUGAUGUCAGCCGCACCUCUGUCACUCUGUCGUGGAAAACGAAUCCCAGUGCCGGUGCAACACCUACAUCUUACCUAAUCGAGGCUUUCAGUUAUACAUUAGGCAGCAGAUGGGUGACUCUAGCUGAGCAUGUGAAGACACAGACCUUUGUCCUACGGAACCUGAAGCCUGGAACUGUCUACCUCUUUAUGGUCAGAGCAGUGAAUGCUUAUGGCCUCAGUGACCCCAGUCCAAUCUCUGACUCGGUCAGAACACAGGACACCACUUCCACCAUGCAGGGAGUGGAUCACCGUCACAUCCAGAGGGAGCUGGGAGAUGUGGUAAUCCACCUGCACACACCAACCGUCCUGUCAUCUUCUGCUGUCAGGCUGCAGUGGAUGGUCGAGCAGCAAUCCCCGUACAUCCAGGGCUACAAGGUGCUUUACAGAGUUUCCGCUGAGCACGGCCAGCCUGAGGGGCAGUGGAGUGUCCUGGAGGUACACUCCCCGCGGGAGGACGGGGUGGUGAUCGGUCAGCUGAAGAGAGGAUCCAUCUACGAGUUCAAAGUGCGUCCCUUCUUUGAUGAGUUCCAGGGGGCUGACAGUGAGGUGAAGGUGGUUAGGACAUUGGAGGAAGCCCCUAGCAGAGCACCCCAGGGUGUUACAGUGACAAAGAGUGAUGCCAAUGGAACUGCCAUCCUCGUUGCUUGGAAACCGCCUCCGGACCCGGAAGAGGCUGGAGUCAUUCAGGAGUACAAGAUCUGGUGCCUGGGUAAUGAGAGUCGCUAUCAUGUAAACCAGUCGGUCGACGGCUCCACCUUCUCUGUGCUCAUUUCCAGUCUGGCGCCAGGAAUUCGCUACAGUGUAGAGGUAGCGGCCAGCAACGGUGCCGGACCUGGGGUCAAGAGCGAUGUCACAUUCUUUCAAUUAGACUCUGCAGGCCAGAUGAUGGAUAUCAGUGAGGAAAGAGACACGUUGUCUCAGAUCUCAGAUGUGGUGAGACAGCCAGCUUUUAUUGCUGGCAUUGGCGCCACCUGCUGGUUGGUGCUCAUGAUUUUCAGCGUGUGGCUCUACCGUCACCGCAAGAAGAGAAGUGGCCUCAGCAGCACAUACACUGGCAUCCGCAAGGUCCCGUCAUUCACCUUUACACCCACAGUUGCGUAUCAAAGAGGAGAAUCUGUGUGCAGUGCUGGCAGACCUGGCCUCCUCAGCAUGGGUGAACCUUUAAACCAGCUGUGGCUGCCAGACAAUUGGCCAAAUGCAUGUGCCAAUCACAAGGACUGUAGCAUCAACUGCUGCAAUAAUGGUAAUGGCACCAGUGACAGUAACAUGACAACAUACAGCCGACCAGCUGACUGCAUAGCCAACUAUGGAAACCACCCAGAAAACAAACAAGGGGGGCAGCUUGCCUCUGAGACGGCCAUUUACAGUGAUGUAAACCUCUCCAACAAGCUCAAUGACAUAAAAACAUUCAACAACUCCAACUUGUGCUACGCAAGUCCAGGAGGCGAUUCAACGGGCACGUAUGAGCCCAUCCCGUACGCCACCACCCAGCUCAUCCAGGCCAGCAUCAAGAAUAAGGCGGCCUCCGGUGGCGCUAUAGCAGAGCCUCUGGACGUGCCCUGCUGGAAACAGCCCCCCAACCCUCCUCCAAUACCAAAGGAGAUGGCAGUACAGAUGCAAUACAAUAUACUUGAGCAAAACAUGCUAAAUAAAGAUCACCUGCAAGGAAAUGAAGGAGUGAUCCACCCCAAAACCAUCGCCUACAACCAGACCCGCGAUCACGGCACAGGAGGUUCACACCACAGCUCAGACAGAGGCAGCAACAGCACCUCAGGGAGUCAGAAUCAAAAGAAAGGAACACGGGCCCCAAAGAUGCCAAAACAUAAUGCAGUAAGCUGGGGAGAAGCCCUGUCUCCCCCUCAUGCCAGUGCCUGGGACUGUGAUGAGUAUAGCCUACCCGUGGAAAGGAGUUUUGCUCCAGAGGAGAGAGCAGAAAGCUGUCCUACUCCACCCGUUAGAGGGGCAGCCUCAUCCCCCGCUGAAGUGUCCUAUAGUCACCCGCCUACUACAUCACUACAGGAGGACCUGAGCAGUGGCCUGCACAAUGGAGCCGAACACCUGAGCCAACACACCACCAGCCACCCUCGCCCCCUCUCCCCAACGCACACCUACAGCUCGAUACCCCUCUGCGUGGACACGGACGAACAGGAAGAGGACGAGGAGGAGGCAGAGGAGGAGACAGACGCAGAGCUCGCCGACAGUCAGUACAGCCAACACCACAACCGGCAGAAGCACAAACACCAGCUGCACCAGCCCUCUCCGCACAAGCUGCUCUUCCACGGGCUGGACCAGACGCCAGCCUCCAGCACUGGGGAUCUGGACAGAUCAGUCACGGGGUCCAUGGUUAACAGCUGGGGCUCAGCAUCUGAGGACAACAUCUCAUCAGGCAGGUCCAGUGUUGUCAGCACGUCAGAGGGAUCCUUCUUCACAGAUGGCGAUUUCAACCAGGCAGUGGCCUCCUCACGGGAUAUUGUAGGCCUGCGUAUGUGCAGAUACCCAGAGGAGUCAGGCCGGCGGCACCAGCGUCCCAGCAGCCCCAUGUCCACAGACAGCAACAUGAGUCCUGCAAUAACACAUAAAAGGCCCAGGAGGCAUAAACAGAACCAGUCGGGUCAACAGGGCUACCAACCCAAAGAUGUCUUCAAUGAUGACUCUUGCAUGCCUCUGAAUUUCCCCAGCCAGAUGUCCCAUGGUGACUAUAAAGCGAGGGGGGCCACGCUGCCUCGGAUGGGCUCUGGAGAGGCCCGGGGUCGACGAGGCAGCACUGGGACUCACAGGGUGAGGGAGGGUACGUUUGAGCAGAGGGAGAACCAGGAGAAGCACAAGACUCCACUUGGAGGAAAAGGAAGUAGCAAAAGCCGACAGCACUCAGAAUUUGGGGACGUCCUUCUGUAUAGUCGUCCCUCUUUCCCAUCAGGUCAAGCUCAGAGGGCGCCUGAUGAUCCUAAUUCAUCCAGCUUUAUGUCGUGUGGAGACUCAAGGACCAAACAGGGAGGACAGGUGGCAUCUACGGGACAGGUGGAGGAGUUCCUGAAAAGCUAAGAAGCAAUGCAAGCACAAAAGGAAUAUCCUACAGCUGCUUCAGACAAAGGACUCUGACCUUUAUAUAUGGAAAAAGACUAAAGAUACUGCACAAUACAUGCUAUCAUUUUCUACUUCAACUUUCUCAUUAGGUGUUAGAAAAAAAAGAAAAAAAGUGCUCUCAUGUUUAAGUCUGUGGACUUCAAUCUGAUGCACUGUUUAUUUGUUUGCUUUUUGGGCGACCAGCUUCCAGGAGCCUGAACCGCUGGUCGCUCAGUAAAGUAAGAUGAAUGCACACUCGAUGGCGGUUGUGAGUUGUCUACAAAAAUAUUGUCCAUGACGACUGCUUGAUGCGGUCUGUAUGAUCUUUGCUUGACAGUUGUCUUGUUAUUUUACUGUAAUUGAUAUUCAGUCAUUACCAGCCAUCUUGUAAACUGUUGAAAUUGUUUACUGCCACAGAAGUGCUUCAAAUUCAAAUUUUAUAGAACAGUGUUAAUGUUUUGUAAGUGAUGUACAUCUUGUCUUUGUAUUAUUUGUUCUACUUUGGUUAUAAAAGCACAAUCACUUAAUUUUAUUGUCAUUAUUAUAUGAAUUUCACUCUGGAGGAAAUCAGUCUUUGGAGUCUUGUUAGUCAUUUCAUCAGUUCAGUUCAGGCUGAGAAAAUGAAUUGUUGAUUGUGAUUGUGCAUUGGAUUGUGUUCAUUUGAGCUGCUUUCAUUCAGAUUUGAACUAUCCGUUGUGUGUACAGAGAGAAUUGCAUGCAGAUUCACCUGUAGGAGGUUUUACUUAACACCUUGACUGCUUUGUUCCCUUUCUGGGAUGAUGAAUAUUAUGGUCAUGGACUGGUUCCAUUUAUUUUUUUUCCCUCCACUGAGUCUACUUCAUCUAAACCUGUGUUCCCUUGACUCUUGCCAUAACUUCUGGAGUAGGGCUGGACAAUGCACCGUAUUUAUUGAAUUACUAAGUAUGAAUUGCUUAUCAGCCUAAAGUCAUAGUCACUUAUGUAGCAACUUUCAAGGAAUAAAAUUCCCUGAAUUCUAUGUAAUUAAUCUGAGAACAGCUACAACAACUAUCUAAGUAGAGGUUCAGCCAGCCAGUCUGCCUACAGUCCAGACCAGAGGUCUAAAACCUUCAACUGGACACAUGCCAGACGUAAGUACAAGAAGGUGAAUAUUAUCAGGCUCUGUUGUAUUGAGAAAAUUAGUAUAUUAUUAUUUAUCUUAGUCAAAUGUACAUUGUGAUAUAGAUUUUGGUCAUAUUGUCCAGCCCUAUUCUGUAAGUUGUAUAUGGAACAAAUAUGUCACUUUAACUACUCUGUUUGAAUAAAUAUUGCUGUUCCUUAAUCAACAACAACAAAUAAUCUCUUAUCUCACGUCUGUAACAUAAUCCUAUCCCCUAAGCUUGUCCAUUUGAAAUACUAAUUUUGUACCAUGAAGAAUCAGAUACAGCAAAAACCACUGCUAACCACUACUUAACAUGAAAACUGCAAAUGAUUCUUGAGCCGUUCCCUCAUUGCAAUCAGGUUUGAACUUUCAAAAUUGGAACAUUAAAAAGGGAAAACAAAGGAAAUGUAUGAUGAUGUUUUCUGGUCAUGUCAUGAGACACAAAACUGUGACUAACAGUCGUAGAAAACCCCCUUUUAAAAACCCCUUACAUCACAUACAGUAAGGAAAUAAUGUCAGAAGCCUGUUUUCUUGAACCCUUCAAUCAUCCAGAAGAAUCUUUUAAGUAACCUACAGUGGUUUAGACCCUGAAAUUUGAUAUAUGAAAUGAGAAAAGGCAGUAAAUUCCAAAACGGCAGCUAUUCUUCUGAAUUCUAGAAAUUUAAUUAGAGAGAAAGAUGCAAUUUUCACUCCAUUAUUUAAAAUUUAAAAACAACUGCGACGUUAUUUGUUCAUUCUUGUUUUUGGGUCAGUUCCUGAUUUCCAGCUGUUACCAUGUUCUUAAUGACUGUUUAUUUAUUUUAUUUUUUUUCAGAUUGGCUCAUAGGUAAACCCAUUCAAUUCUGUGACUGUGAGGUGGAUGAGGUAGACAGGAGACAGGGAAGCUGUGAGGAAUGUGAUGAAACAUGCUGUUUAAUUAACCUCCCUGAUGAACCUUCAUCAACAGAGCACCUGUGUGUUGUUGAAAGGAAGAACGUCUUUCACAGAUGUCUUUCAAUGUGUGCGUUCUGUGUGUGAGUGUCAAGGUGACUAUCCCAAGACUUACACAGUAAGCACUGCAGCAUUCACAAACGAUUAUAUAAUUACACAGAACUGAUUGUGAUUUAUUAACAAGGUAGACCAUGAAUCAACUCCAUUCAGCAGUGAUAAGUGAGGUGAGUAGUUCCUGUGACCUUUGUGGCCCUUAAUUUCAGACUGUUUGACCUCAGUGUGGUUCCCUCUGACUAUGACUUAGUGACGGCACAAGCUCACUUAAUACGCUGCUGUAAGAUUUAGGUCUCAUUCGGGUUGCAGAAAUUCCCUGAUAAACUGGUUUGGAGAAUGUUCUUGUUGUCCUUAAUCUAAGACCAGUAUCUUGGACUUUGGAUAUUUGUCAUCUGAAAAUUGUUUCUUGUCUUAUUGCUGUCAGAUUUGAAUUAGAAAUUAUCCAGACUUUGAUUUUGGUUGCACAGGUACUCAAAUACAUCUUUAAGGCAUUAGUGACAUUUACUGAUUUGGUGUUUGAUCUGAAUGAUGGUAAUAAUUAUCCAAAACACAUAAAGCAGAUAUAAUUAGGGUCACUAAAAGGGGUUGCUUGUAAAAAAAAAAAAAAAAAAAUCUAGAGAAUUGUCACAUGACUGCAGUUCCAGACAGCUCUAUGAAGCCUCACCAG